CUGCGCGCUGCCCCCCCCCCGCCCGCUCCCCACCUCCGCCAUUCUCCUCCCGGCCUCCGCUUCCGGCCGGCCCGACGCGCUUCCGGGAUGCGGCCACGCCUCUUUCCCGUUUUAGCCCCGCCCCCGCCCCGACUCCGCCUCCGGUUGGCGGGAGCGCCCGUGAGUGGGCGGGGCUUUCCCGGCAGCUGCGUCACGUGGGGGCGCGCGGCGCUUCCGCGAGCGGCGGCGCAAGAGGGGGACCCCCCCCCCGCCCUUCCCCCACCCCCGGGAUCCCCCGGGACACCCCGGGACCCCCCGGACCCUCCGGACCCCCAACAUGGAGGACGUGACCCCCCCGGACCUGCUGCCCUUCCUGCUGCAGGACUGGGGCGCUCCGGGUGAGUGGGGACACCCCGGGAUGGGCGAUCGGGGGGGGUCCCGAGGGUCCGGGACCCCCCCGGGGGGGUUUGGGGGGAGGGGCUGACGGGACCCCCCCCCCUCCGUGUGCCCCCCCAGAGCCGGGGGGGGGCGGCGCCGUUCGUGGAGAUCCUGGAGCAGCCCAAGCAGCGCGGGAUGAGGUUCAGGUACAAAUGCGAGGGGAGAUCGGCCGGGAGCAUCCCCGGGGAGCACAGCACCGAGAGCACCAAGACACACCCCACCAUCAGGGUGAACAACUACCGAGGCCCGGGGCGGGUCCGGGUGUCGCUGGUGACCAAGGACCCCCCCCACCGCCCCCACCCCCACGAGCUGGUGGGCAAAGACUGCAGGGACGGCUUCUACGAGGCCGAGCUGUGCCCCGAGCGCAGCAUCCACAGUUUCCAGAAUUUGGGGAUUCAGUGCGUGAAGAAGCGAGAGCUGGAGGCGGCUGUGGCCGAGCGGAUCCGCACCAACAACAACCCCUUCAACGUGCCGGCAGAGCAGCGCGGGGGCGAGUACGACCUGGCCGCCGUCCGGCUCUGCUUCCAGGUGUGGGUGAGGGGCCCGGGGGGGCUGCGGCCCCUCCCCCCUGUCCUGUCCCAGCCCAUCUACGACAACCGUGCCCCCAGCACGGCCGAGCUGCGCAUUUGCCGCGUCAACCGCAACUCCGGGAGCUGCCGGGGCGGGGACGAGAUCUUCCUGCUGUGUGACAAGGUGCAGAAAGAGGACAUCGAGGUCCGUUUCUGGGCCGAGGGCUGGGAGGCCAAGGGCUCGUUCGCGCAGGCCGACGUUCACCGCCAGGUCGCCAUCGUGUUCCGCACGCCGCCCUUCCGGGACCCCGCGCUGCGCGCCCCGGUCACCGUGCGCAUGGAGCUGCAGCGGCCCUCGGACCGCCAGCGCAGCGCCCCCGUGGACUUCAGAUACCUGCCCCACCAGGGGGACCUGCAGUGCAUCGAGGAGAAGCGCAAGCGGACGCGGGAAACGUUCCGCUCCUUCAUCCAGCGCAGCCCCCUGCCCGCUCCAGCCUCCAGCGAGUCGCGGCCCCCCCGGCGCCUGGCGGUGCCCUCGAGAGCCCCCCCGGCCCCCCAGAACCCCCCCAGUGCGGCUCCCUCCUUCUCUUUCGGGGGUCCCGGGGGGCUCCUGGGGGCGCCGCCCCCCCCCGAGGCCGAGCCUUUGUCGGAGGCACUGCUGCAGCUGCAAUUUGAGGAGGGGUCCCCCCAAAUCCCCCAAAUCCCCCAAAUCGGGGGUGGGGGGGGGUCCAGCAGCGUGACCCCCCCCCAGUUGGAUUUUGGGGCCCUUUUGGGGGACUCCCCCUUCCCCCCCCUGGACCCCCUGAACCCCUCGGAGCUCCAGCGCCUGCUGGGACCCCCCGAGCUCCCCCGAACUUCGGGGACCCCUCCCCAGAUUUUGUGGGGGGGGUUUCAGAGCUGCCCCCCCCCUCCCGCCCAGGAUUUUGCGGGGGGUCCCCCCAUGCUGAUGUCGUACCCCGAGGCCAUCGCCCGCCUGGUGCAGAGCCAGGCCCCCCCCGCCCCGGGGGCGCCCCCCGAAAUGGGGCUGGGGGCGGAGCUGGGGGGGGGCGGGGAGGACUCGCUGCCCUCCCUGGGCGAGCUCGACUUCAGCGCCUUCCUCAGCCAGUUCCCCUCCUCCUGACUGGGACACACUGGGACGGACUGGGAGGGGGCAUGGGGGGCUACUGGGAGCCACUGGGAGGGUCUGAGGCUUUACUGGGAGUUACUGGAGGUGUCUUAGGGUUUGUUGGGGCUUACUGGGAGGUUUUCAGGGGUUACUGGGACUUGCGGUGAGUUACUGGGAAGUGUCUGAGGGCUACUGGAGUUUACUGGGAGUUACUGGGAGGCUUCUAGUGUUAACUGGGAGUUACUGGGAGUCAAUGGGAGGCCUUUAGGGGUUACUGGGAGUCAAUGGGAGGCCUUUAGGGGUUAUUGGGAGUCACUGGGAUGGAUCUCGGGGGGCUACGGGAGUGGUUUGGGGGGCACUGGGAGGGUCUGAGGCUUUACUGGGAGUUACUGGGAGGGUUUCUAAGGGUUACUGGGAAGCUUCUAGUGUUUACUGGGACUUACUGGGAGUCACUGGGAGGCUUUCAGGGGUUACUGGGAGGCUACUGGGGAGCAUUGAGGGCUACUGGGGUGUACUGGGAGUCACUGGGAGCUCUCUGCGGUUACUGGGACACAACUGGGAGUCACAACUGGGAAUUCCGUGCGGUUACUGGGAGCGACUGGGAGGACACCGAGUGCCUGCUGGGGGUUACUGGGAGCUACUGGGGGGGGGGGUCCCCUGGGUGCCUUUUUAGGGGGGAUCCCCGCUUCGCCCCGCCCCCCGGGGCACAGCAGCCAAUGGGAGCGUGGCCCCCCUCCCCCCAGCCUUAGCCCCGCCCCCAUGGAAGUGCCUUUCGGGGGGAGGGGAAAGCCCCGCCCCUCUCCCCCACCCCAAUAAACGGUCCAAGGCC